CACGCGUCCAUUGAAUCGCGAUGGCCGCUCUCCAUGUCCUUAGGUUUCUCUCUGAUAAAACGAAGAAGAACGUUUUCUGUACGCUUUAUUCAUAUUUUUGACAUAAAAAUACUUAUUGCAGUUGAUAUCACAACAAUCUAGAAGAUUGAGGAUAAUAAAAUGUCAGAAUACGACAAAGUGAAAACAGGAAAGUUAAUAUUGAAAGGCGAAAAAUCAAGACCAAAAAAGCGAAAAUCUAAAACACAAGAAAAAGAACAAGAUGUAACGAGAGAGGAUAAGGACACUAUUACUCAUGGAGGAUGGUGGAAGGUUAAGAGUAUAUUCGAAAUCACAGGAACAGUAGCUAUAGAAAUUGGAAAUCAAACUUAUGUGAAAGCACUUGAUAAUGGACUAUUUACUCUUGGUGCACCACAUGCCGAAGGAGAAGGUCCAUCGCCAGAAGAAAUCUUGACAGCAUUUCCCAUAAGCGAAACUAAAAUUGCUUUGAAAUCGGGUUAUGGCAAAUAUCUUGGUGUUGAUAAAAAAGGCAUUGUUAUUGGACGAAAUGAUGCAGUAGGUUCAAUUGAGCAGUGGGAACCAGUUUUUCAGGAUGGUAAACUUGCUAUAUUAAAUAAUACAGGAUGUUUCAUAUCAGUUACAAAUGACGAUGAUAUCAUUUGUCAGAAUAGAACAGCUAGUUCAUCAGAGUUUCUUGUUAUAAGAAGUAUAACCCAACGUUCUCAAAGUCCUAGCAAGGAUAUUCCAAAGGAAGAGCAAGGCUCACUUGCAGAUAUUGAAGUAAAUUAUGUACGAAAGUUUCAAAAAUUUCAAGAUAAGAAGUUAAGGGUAAAUAAGUCUAAUCGCUCUGAAUUAGAAAAAGCGAAAGUAGAAGGAAAUUUACAUGAAACUCUGUUAGAUAGAAGAAGUAAAAUGAAAGCUGACCGUUACUGUAAAUAAAUAAAAUUAUAACAACAUAA